GUGACGGUGGCCGAGGUGGAGGGCAGGUCUGAAGAGUGGCGGGACCCGCUCCACUUCCUAGGCGAUUUCUCGGAGCUGUCUAGCUCCUCGUCAGGGAUUUCCUGGGAAGGUCUCUCGGGCGUCCAGACCCCACCGCAAAGUCCCUUCAGGUGUUUGGCGAUCCGCCGAGCAGGUGUUGGCCCCAGGAGCAUUUCCUUCCGGGCCGAAUGCGCAGUGGACGAUGCCCCUUCUGACCCAGCAGAUUCAAGAUGAGGAUGAUCAGUACAGCCUUGUGGCCAGCCUUGACAACGUUAGGAAUCUCUCCACUGUUUUGAAAGCUAUUCAUUUCCGAGAGCAUGCCACGUGUUUCGCAACUAAAAAUGGUAUCAAAGUAACAGUGGAAAAUGCAAAGUGUGUGCAAGCAAAUGCUUUUAUUCAGGCUGGAAUAUUUCAGGAAUUUAAAGUUCAGGAAGAGUCUGUUACUUUUCGAAUUAAUUUAACUGUCCUUUUAGACUGUUUGUCUAUUUUUGGAUCAAGUCCUAUGCCAGGGACUUUAACUGCACUUCGGAUGUGUUACCAAGGUUAUGGUUACCCUUUGAUGCUGUUUCUGGAAGAAGGAGGAGUGGUAACAGUCUGCAAAAUCAAUACGCAGGAACCUGAGGAGACCUUGGAUUUUGAUUUCUGCAGCACCAAUGUUAUUAAUAAAAUUAUUCUGCAGUCAGAGGGGCUCCGUGAAGCAUUUUCUGAAUUGGAUAUGACGAGUGAAGUCCUACAAAUUACCAUGUCUCCUGACAAGCCUUAUUUCAGGUUAUCUACUUUUGGAAAUGCAGGAAGUUCCCACCUUGACUAUCCCAAAGAUUCUGAUUUGAUGGAAGCAUUUCAUUGUAAUCAGACUCAAGUCAACAGAUACAAGAUUUCUUUACUGAAACCCUCUACAAAGGCAUUAGUCCUAUCUUGUAAGGUAUCUAUUCGGACAGAUAACAGAGGCUUCCUUUCAUUACAGUAUAUGAUUAGAAAUGAAGAUGGACAAAUAUGUUUUGUGGAAUAUUACUGCUGCCCUGAUGAAGAAGUUCCUGAAUCUUGAGUCUUGAGUAUGACAAUUCACUGAUAUUUAUGUGUACAUUUAUGACAGAUGAAGUUCUUAUUCUGAGUACAGUACUCUUUAUAAUUUCAUAUUGGAUUUUCUAUAGAGAAGAAGCACGAUGGGGAAGAUAGGAGCAAGGUCGUGUACCUAAUAGUUACUGUGUUUUCUAAAUACAUUUUGUAGAGGGCAUGUAAAUAAAUGUUUUCAUGUAGUCAUAGAUUA